CAAUCUUUAGAAGGGCGCUGUUUCAGAGACAAUUCGGUCUAGGUCCCGGACAAACAUUUGGGUGUGGUGGCUGCAUGAUAUGCACAGCAGCCUGAGAGUGUUCUACAGUCCAUAACUUGUAAUGGAUGCUUUAAUUGAACCAUUACCUUGCUGGGGUCCAUUCUCUGCUGCAGCUGACGGACGCCAUUAUGUGUGGAGGGGGGCUGGUCCAGGACUGAGAGGGUCUAAUAUUAUUGUUGUGUGUGAUCCAAGCACUGAGCUGUGGAGCCUCUUGCCCACCACUGGACCCCUACCCCCUGGUGAGUGGGGUGGUUUCUCUGCUUGUGUAGGUCGUUGCUUGUACACCUUUGGUGGUUAUGAUGGGUCUUCUUACUUCAAUGAUGUGAGUAAGCUUGAUCUGGACACUCUCCAGUGGACCAAAGUUCAAUCCUCUGAUAAUCAACCUAUGAAAAAGGCUGGUUGUGGACUUAUCUGUGUGAAUGAUAAAACUCUGUGCUGCAUUGGUGGAUACGGUAUUGAGGGCCCCACACAACCAGGAUCAACAUUCACCAGUCCAUGGUCUGAUGGACGUGGAUGGACAAACGAGUUCCAUUUCUUUGAUAUACAAAAUGGUGUCUGGUCGUCCCCUAAGCUCAGAGGAAAGAGACCUCCUCCCUGUAGUGGCUUCACCUUCACCAUGAUGGACCAGCACAGGGCAGUCCUCUUUGGAGGGUUCAAACCUGGCCUUGGUGGGAUCAAUGAUGUCUACCUGUUUGACUUCAGGACAAUGAAGGUCACUAAGGUGAAGCCAGUACAGGGAGAGCCAUGGCCAGUGGGGAGGUCAUCCCAUGCUUCCUGUUGUCUCAACUAUGGCCAGGACCACCCUCAACUACUGGUGUACGGAGGACUGGGUAACAAGACACUGGGGGACAUGUGGAUACUGGAUGUUGACACUGGCAAGUGGACAGAGGUGACUCUUCCUGAGUCAAUGGCACCACGUCACUACCACUCUAUCACUGCUACCAGUCUGGGACCAGGACUCACUGAGGUCCUCGUGUUUGGAGGCCGUCGUGAGAUGCUGGGAAAGGAAAUUUCAGAGACCACUAUACUGAGAUUUGAGUUAACUGUACCCUUAGCGUCUGUUGCUGGACCCUCAGCUAAGAAGUGGGCUCUCGUGGGUGUGGCCCAUAACGACACUAGAGGCUCCGCCCAGCGACUGGGAGAGAAGAUUGGACAAAUAAUUGCUCGUGCCUCAUUAUUCAGCGACCACUCCUCUCAAGACCGGGUGAGGGCUCUGAAACAACAGUUACGAGCAGCAGAGCAGAGAGAGCAUGACACUCAACGUCGCCACCGACUACAGUUGCACGAGAAGGAUCGUAAAUUGGCUACAAAAGAACGUGAAUUGGUUAUGAAAGAUCAGCAGUUUGCCCAGGCCAGCCGUCGCCAUGGAGAUGUGGAGAGACAACUCAGAGAAGCUCAACAAAUUUCCCAAGAAGAACUGGCUAUGAAAGAUCGUGAAUUAGCUGAAGCCAACCGUCGCCGUGAAGAUGCGGAGGAAAGAGCCCAACUGGCAGAGCAAAGAGAGCAAGUGAUUCAAAAUCGCUCUGAACAAUUGUUGCAAGAGAAGAAUCAGGUGGUGGAAAUAAAAGAACGAGAAUCAUACGAGGCCAACCAUCACCGUGCUGAUGUUGAGAGGAGAAACCAGGAACUGAUUGCUGAAAAUGGGAGGUUGGACAGGAGAGCCCAGCUCGCAGAGGAGCGAGCACAGGGUCUGGAGACUCAGUGGGUGGUCCAUCGCGAGGAGAUCACAAUGACAGAGAGACAGCUCGGUGGGGGAGGAUGGGGGGUCGUCAAAGUGGCCAAGUUCCGGGAAAUCGAGGUGGCAGCCAAGACACUGUACGAGCAGAUCCGUUCCGACUAUUACCGACACUUGUUCAUUCGUGAGAUGAAUAUGGCGGCUCGUCUGCGACACCCACACCUGGUCCAGUUCAUAGGAGCCACGCUGGAGGGGGAGAUGAUCAUCCUGACAGAGCUCAUGGCCACCAGUCUGAGGAGGGUACUGGAGGGAGGUCGUAUCUCACGUGAACACAUACUCUCCAUUUCUGUGCAGGUCUGUCAAGCCCUCAACUAUCUCCACCUCAUGCAGCCAGACCCAGUGAUCCAUCGUGACAUCAGCAGUGCAAACGUCCUCCUCAACCCUCUACCUGAUGGCCGCUGGAGUGCAAAGGUCACAGACUACGGCUCGGUAAACACACAGCGAAUGUUGAACACGAUGAACCCAGGGAGUCCUGUAUACGCUGCCCCUGAGGCCGGUAACCCGUCCCUCCAGUCAUCUAAAAUGGACGUGUUCAGUCUGGGGGUGCUCUUGAUCGAGAUGUGUUCUGGCCAGUUUCCGAGUGAUGACGGACGUGAGCGCUUACUCCUCACCAUCCAAGACCGUCAGUUCUCUGACAUCAUCAGUCGCUGUAUCGAUAGAGAAAGAGACAAUCGACCAACCGCUCAACAACUGUUGAAUGAACUACAGUAGAACUGCACUAGAUACCGUAUAGCGCGAAAUUUUCGAGGCACUUAUAUUUCGUGGAUUGGCCUCUAAAAGCCAUUUCGUUGCACAAUGUUCGCGGAAUGGCUGCUUACCGGAAGCCACGCCUUUAAAUAUUUGUAUGAUAGCAGGUAAUUCUUAUUAACGAACACUUUUCGUGGACUUAAUUUUCGUGUAGAAUUCCAACCCACGAAAUCCGCGAAAAUUAAGCCCCUCGAAAAUUUCACGCUAUACAGUAGAUAACUUUUUCCCUCAUGUUAAUUUUUCAUGCUUGUGUGUAUAUUGAUUGGUUUUUUUGUCAUUUUGAAUUCUUGAUUGAACAGAUUAUUAUUAUUGACGAGUAAA